UCCAUUAAAUAGUUGCUUCGAUUUUUCCAAUAAAUGGCAAAAUUCAUGAACAAUUUUUCGUUCCUGUUCUUCGGCUUCAUUCAUGAUCGCCAUCCUCCGCGUUGCAUGUUGGGAAAUAUCUUCUAAGUGAGAAGUCGAUCGUUUAGUUAAAUCAAGAUUGGAAAAUCGUACUAAUUCUAGAUUUACAUAUCUACUUCUAACCAACAUGUCUGCAGAACAAGGUAUUCCAGCAAUUGCUUUAGAUGCAGUUCUUAAAAAAUCUUCUGCUUUGCCUAAAAAUAAAGUACCUGUAAAGGGAUAUGACUUCAAUGAUGGUGUUGACUAUCAUGCUCUUCUGCAAUCAUAUAAAACUUCAGGAUUUCAGGCAACAAACUUUGGUUUAGCUGUUGAAGAAAUAAAUAAAAUGAUUUCUUGUAGAAAUGAGCCAUUUACCGAUGAAGAUGUUUUAGAGACUGACCCUUUUAUUAAGAGGAGGACCAAUUGCUCAAUAUUUCUCGGUUAUACUUCAAAUAUGGCAUCAGCUGGAGUUAGGGACACCAUUCGAUAUUUAGUUCAACAUAAACUGAUUGAUUGUAUAGUAACAUCCGCAGGAGGUGUAGAAGAAGACCUUAUCAAAUGUUUAGCUCCCACUAUACUAGGAGACUUUUCUUUAGAUGGUGCUGAACUGAGAGACAAAGGACUUAAUCGUAUAGGGAAUUUAUUAGUUCCCAAUGAAAACUACUGUUUAUUUGAGAAUUGGGUGAUACCUAUUUUAGAUGAAUGCCUGGAGGAACAACAUUCAAAGAAUAAUAUUUGGUCUCCUUCAAAAAUUAUUACAAGACUUGGCCAGAAAAUAGGCAACACUGAAUCUAUAUGCUAUUGGGCAGCAAAGAAUGAAAUACCUAUAUUUUGUCCAGCCUUAACUGAUGGGUCACUAGGAGAUAUGAUGUUCUUCCAUUCAUUCCGAAAGAAACCUGAACUUAUUGUAGAUAUUAAUCAAGAUCUCAGGCGAAUACAUUCUAUUGCUCUCAAGGCUGUAAAUUCUGGCAUGAUUAUCCUUGGAGGUGGAGUUGUAAAGCAUCAUAUUUGUAACAGUAAUCUCAUGAGGAAUGGAGCAGAUUAUGCAGUGUUUAUAAAUACAGCACAUGAGUUUGAUGGCAGUGAUUCUGGUGCUAGACCAGAUGAGGCUGUUUCUUGGGGUAAAAUAAAAAAGAGUGCCACUCCAGUAAAAGUUUAUGCUGAUGCCACUUUAGUAUUUCCAUUGAUUGUGGCUGAAACUUUUGCUCCUUACGUUCAUAACAGAGAAGGUCAAAAAUGAGUCAAAUGAUCAUAAAAUACAUAUAAACAUUUUAAGUAUAAACAUUGUAUUAUACUAUAAAAAAAACUAAUGUAAAAUUAAAUAGUGUAAUUAAAUUGAUUAUUUUUAUUAUUUUG